GGCCUCAGGCCUGCAAUGCCGCCUUCCCUGCCUCACGCAAGCCACGCCAGGUCACGUGGUACGGGCCGGGGCGGAGACAGAAAGCCCGGCCUGCGUCGGUCUGUCGGACCAGCCGCCAUGCUGUUGCUCUCGGAGCCCGGCGGCCGCCCCCGUGUCAGGCCGGCCUUCGUCCCGCUCCUCUUGCCUCUCUUCCUUCUCCUCCUCCUGCUGCCGGGCUCCGUGCGGCCCAUCUCCUUUCAGCUGCCGGGCAAAGCCCGCAAAUGCCUACGGGAGGAGAUCCACCGCGACACGCUGGUCACCGGCGAGUACGAGGUCGCCCCGCCGCCGGGCUCGGCUACCGGCCCGUCUGCCGAUCUAAAGAUUACUGAUUCGGCUGGGCACACACUCUAUGCCAAGGAGGAUGCCACUAAAGGCAAAUUUGCUUUCACCACAGAGGACUAUGACAUGUUUGAGGCCUGCUUCGAGAGCAAGCUUCCUGUGGGAACCGGGCGGAUGCCAGACCAGCUCGUGACCUUGAACAUGAAGCAUGGAGUGGAAGCAAAAAACUACGAGGAGAUUGCUAAAGUGGAGAAGCUGAAGCCCCUGGAGCUGGAGUUACGGCGCCUAGAAGAUCUUUCAGAGUCAAUUGUGAAUGACUUUGCCUACAUGAAGCAGCGGGAGGAGGAGAUGCGGGACACCAAUGAGUCAACCAACAUCCGGGUAUUGUACUUCAGCAUCUUCUCAAUGUUCUGCCUCAUUGGACUGGCUACUUGGCAGGUCUUCUACCUGCGUCGCUUCUUCAAGGCCAAGAAGCUGAUUGAGUAAGGGGAGAGGGCAAGUGUCUCAUCUUUGAAACCCCAGCAGAACAACACAGAGACCCAGUGAUGACUGUUCAGAGCCACUUCAGAGUUGACCUGCCAAAUGAAGUGUUCUUAUAGGAAUUGGCCCCUAAGGGAAGGGAGGGAAAUACAACACACCAAACAACAAAGAGGUUUCUGAACUAUUAUUGGAUACAGUUGGGAGGGAGUGGGGGUUGUGGUUUUAAGUGACUGUUGGGCAAGGACGAAAUAAAACAUUCUUGGAGAUGGUGACAGUUGGCGUUUGCACUGUCUUUUCUCUCCCUUACAGGUAAAGUUAGGUGACCUCUUCCCGUACAUCACCAAACUGGUUCUCUCAGCCUCUUCAACACACUGAAAUCGCUAUACUUGGCAGCAGUCUAAGAGUUACCGCAGAGGUUUUGGAGGGAAUGGCUUAGAUGCUUGGGGAGCCAGUCUUCAGUGAAACAAAUCUUGUUGCAGAUGUUUAGGAGCUACACUCCUGAAGAGGGGAUGACAUGCAAGAAAGUAUUGGUUGCCAGGAUAGUUGAUAUUUCUAUUAGAGGCAGAAAGGGCACUUAAUGGUUGAGGAGAAUAUAUGGUUCAUAUUGCUUAAGAGUGGGGAAGAAAGCAGUGGUGGAGAGACUUCUCAGAUUCUUGUUCUCAUUCUCGGGGGAUAAUACUUCUCUUGUUCUGAAAUGUUACUACAGUUCUUGAAAGCACCUUGGAUACUGUGAACAACUCUUCCUUCAGUGGUAAGAAGCAUCUGCCAGGUGCAUACUUGAAAUGCAUGCUCAGGUUUAUCCCUGUGCUUGGGAGGGGCUGGGGGAGAUGGCAACUCCCUGUGGUAAUGGCCAAUGUCAAAUCUGCUAGAGGUAGGAAUAAGACUGCUAUAUGGUCAGUUACAAAACUGCAUUGUAACAAGACUUUAAAUCAAGUUACAGCCAGGUAAUAGAAUGUUUCACGGUAGGAAUAUAAACCAGCUGGGUAGUCUGUAGAUAAUUUUGUUAUGAAACUACAGUUUUUUGGGGGGAGAGGUGUGCACCCUUCUUGGGCUUCAGGGCUUGUAGCUGUGUGCCCAAAUAUUUUGAGCAUGGUUGUUAUGAAUCUUAAGUUGUCUUUUCCAUUGGGCCCAUACAAUUUACCCUACGAGUUAAAUAGGGCUUUUUCCUGUUUAAAUGUUGUGCAGUUGUUGGCAAGGUAAAACGUUUCUUAAUUGCCAGCUGCAUGACACCCAUUAUAUGGGCAGCUUUCUGUUAGUUGCUUAAACAUAAACUUUCAGUAGCUGUUUGAGACCACUGGGUUGAAUGAACAGUAACAGUAAAAAAAGAAUUCUUUCUUUCUUUUAGGUCAUAACAAAUAUCUACCCCACCCCCAAUAUCUGGAAUAGAUACCAAAGGAUGUUAGCUGCAUCAUCCCCACCCCACCGACCAAGUAGCAUCUUUUUCUGGAAACAUUCAUUUCUUGUUUUGAGUUGAUCUUAAAUAUUCCAGAACAAAAGGGGUAAGGAUGUAGGAAGAGGUCCUCUCUGGCUCCCAAAACUGCCAAGUUUCAGUUUUGUGAUGAACAAGGAGAUGCAAUGUAGAGAGUCACAGCUAUGCUGAUAAACCUUGAAACUUCAUCACACAUUACUCCCCUUUUUCUGCUUUCCAAAACCACAGUUGAUUCACAUGUUACAAAUAUAUUUUCUGGAAUUCUGUGUCUUACGGGUGUGCUAGGGUCUUAUUUGGAUUGGGGCUGAGAUGAACAUGGGUGCUUAAGCCUCCCCCCAAUGCCAUUUUCUCCACUUGAAAUGGCUCCAGGGAGCUGCUGUUUGCCCUGUUGGGGCAAUUUGGGGCCAUUGGUACAUGUAGGUUUUCCCAACAGGGCUAGUACUGUCUCCUCAAGGCCAUUUCAGGUUAAGAAAAAGGUAACAGGGAGAGCCUUAAGCACCCUUUUGCUGUGUGCCCAUAGUGAUGAAAUGGGCACGUGCCUUGGAAGCUUAGAACUCCAGACAAUACCUUUGUAACGUGUUCACAGCCCUCAGUGUUGUUUAUGUUGCUUGCAGAGGUCUGCUGUGGCUUUUAAAGUCAGCUUCCAAGGCUCCUUACUUUAAAAAAAAAUUGUUUGCAACAUUUGGAAGCUGUUACAACAAUUAAAAAAAAAACCUAUGUAAUAGCAAUAAUAGUGAUGCUAGAGGGUUGUGCUACAUAAGACACAAUAACUUAGAUUCCUUAUUUGGAUCCAGUUGCACAUCUGCAGUAGCUGAAAAGGGGGUGAGGACAAUGCUCCCUCUAAGCUGUGGAGUCUUGUGAGCAAAAAUUCUACUUUGUGAGCU